AUGGAAGCACACCCUACCCUUUCAUCAUCUUCAUCAUCGGAACAUAAUAUUCAAUUGAAAUUAAUGAAAGAGCUUGAUCAAGAGGAACAACAAGAAAUCAUCCAUCCAUCUUCAUCAUCCUCCUUUUUAUCUUCUGUAAAUACACAAGAACAACAAAAUUUAAUAUUAGAAAGUGCAAAGCCUUCACUCGUUUCUCUCUUUUCAGCAUCUUCAACUGUGUGUGCUUGUAAAAGUGAAGGUGUAACACCUCCUGUAACGGUUGCCACAAGUGUUUCAAACUCUAAUUCUCAAAAUGGUCAAAAUCAUUCUUCUUCGUGUACGCAGGAAUCAAAAUCAUUGUCGGGAAUGUCAACAACAGCAACAACAGUUUGGAAAACGAUAUCGACACCCGUUACAUUUCGAUUGAAUGAUGAAUUUGAUGAAAUUGAUUUAUUUGAAUCUAUUGCAGAUAUUCGAGAUCCGGAACAUCCAUAUUCUUUGGAAGAGUUAAAUAUUGUAAAUGAAAAUUCAAUAGUUUUUGACGCGAAUAAUAUUGUGAAAAUAUUUUUCACACCUACAGUCAAACAUUGCUCUUUAGUGUCACAUAUUAGUUUAUGCAUACGGGAACGGUUAAAAAAGCGAUACGGAAAGAGUACUUUUACUACGAGGUAUAAAUUGGAAAUUUAUGUGACCGAAGGAUCACAUAAUGAAGAAGAACAAGUCAAUAAGCAAAUGAACGAUAAAGAGCGAGUCACUGCAGCCUUAGAAAAUCCAUUAAUUAUGGAAUUGGUUCGGCAAUGUAUUAAAGAGGAAUAA